AUGUUGCGACAAAGGAUUUUUUGGAGAAACAAAGCAUCACUCAAAUUAGUAGGACGUUUAAAAUGCUCCAGCUUUAUAUUGUCUAGAAACCUAACGAGACAACAAUGUAUUAUUUCCGGACGACGUCAUAAAGUUACUGCUGCUACUGUCAAAGAGGAGCCAUUUAUGAACGGUACUUCAACAGUUUACAUUGAGCAAAUGUAUGAAGCAUGGCGACAAAGUCCAGCAUCGGUUCAUCCCUCAUGGAACGCUUAUUUUCAGAACGUUGAGCGAAGCUUGCCACCUGGACAGGCAUAUUCAGCACCUCCAAAAGGACUAGCCUCUUAUCCUGUUUCAUCUGCUGUAGCACCUGCACGUGAAUUUGAAAACACAUUAAGUGUAUCAGGACAGAUUAUAGAUGAACAUCUCAAAGUUCAGCUUUUGAUUAGAAGUUACCAGACUCGCGGACACAACAUAGCAGAUUUGGAUCCAUUGGGAAUCAAUAAUGUGGGCUUGAGUAAUGUUACACCUGCAGAAUUAGACCCGGCAUUUUAUGGACUCACGGAUGCUGACAUGGACAAAGAAUUCCUUUUACCAAUGUCAACAUUUAUUGGUGGAGAUAAAAAGUCGCUAAAAUUAAAAGAUAUAAUUAGUCGUCUGAAGAGUAUUUAUUGUUCACGUACGGGAAUUGAAUACAUGCACCUGACUAAUUUUGAGCAGUUGGAAUGGGUUCGUAGAAAAUUUGAAAAGCCUAGUGCAUCGGAGCUUACUCAUGAGCAAAAGAAAACAUUAUUCAAGCGACUAAUUCGAUCGACAAAAUUUGAAGAAUUUCUGGCGAAAAAGUGGCCAAGCGAAAAACGGUUUGGUCUUGAAGGUUGCGAGGUCCUAAUACCGGCUGCCAAACAGGUAAUCGAUGCAUCUAGUGCAGCUGGUGUUGAUUCGAUCGUGAUUGGGAUGCCUCAUCGGGGACGAUUAAACAUGUUAGCAAAUGUUUGUCGCCAACCUUUGUCAGUGAUUCUUUCACAGUUUUCUACACUGGAACCGGCUGAUGAAGGAUCGGGUGAUGUAAAAUAUCAUCUUGGCCUUUCUUUGGAGCGCUUCAAUCGAGUUUCUGGAAGAAAAAUCAAAAUUGCUGUUGUUGCCAAUCCAUCUCAUCUUGAAGCCGUUGAUCCCAUAGUUUUGGGAAAAGUACGAGCGGAAUCAUUUUACAGUGGUGAUGAAAACGGUGAUCGUACAAUGGCAAUUUUAUUGCAUGGUGAUGCAGCAUUUUCUGGACAAGGUGUUGUUAUGGAAACGUUUAAUCUUAACGAUUUAAAAGCUUACACCACCCAUGGAACUAUUCAUUUAGUCGUUAAUAAUCAAAUUGGCUUUACAACCGAUCCACGAUGUUCUCGAUCAUCUCCUUAUUGUACUGAUAUUGGGCGUGUCGUUGGAUGUCCAAUAUUCCACGUGAACAGUGAUGACCCAGAAGCAGUGAUGCAUGUCUGUAAUGUAGCUGCUGAUUGGCGUCGAACUUUCAAAAAGGAUGUUAUCAUUGAUUUGGUGUGUUAUCGACGAUACGGACAUAACGAACUUGAUGAGCCAAUGUUUACCCAACCACUGAUGUACCAGCGCAUUAAAAAGACAAAACCAGUGCUUGCAAUUUACCAGAAGCAAAUUCUUGCUGAAAAUGUUGUCAAUGAGCAAUAUAUACAGGAUGAAGUAACCAAAUACAAUACUUUACUGGAGGAUGCUUACCAAGAGGCGCAAAAAGUGGCGUUUCUUCGUCACAGGGAUUGGAUCGAUUCUCCGUGGGAUACUUUCUUCAAAAAGCGUGACCCACUCAAAAUACCAGCAACUGGCAUUGCAAAAGAAACAAUUAGCCAUAUCAUCGAGAAGUUUUCAUCUGUUCCAGCAGAUUUUAAUCUUCAUCGGGGUUUGGACAGAAUAUUGAAAGGACGACGUCAAAUGUUUCAAGACAAUAGUUUUGACUGGGCAAUGGGAGAAGCCGUUGCUUUUGGAUCUCUUCUUCUCGAAGGUAUUCAUGUUCGGUUAUCAGGACAAGAUGUGGAAAGAGGAACAUUUUCACACCGGCAUCACGUGUUGCAUGAUCAGCAAAUCGAUCAAAAAACAUAUAAUCCAUUGGACAAUCUCUCCGAUAAUCAAGCUGAAUAUAGCAUUUCAAACUCGUCACUUUCGGAAUUCGCAAUCCUCGGUUUUGAACUCGGUUAUUCAAUGGUGGAUCCUAAUUCAUUGGUUAUAUGGGAAGCGCAAUUCGGCGAUUUCUCAAAUAAUGCCCAGUGUAUUACUGAUCAGUUCUUAUCUUCAGGUCAGUCAAAGUGGAUUCGACAGUCUGGAUUAGUGAUGUCAUUGCCACAUGGCUAUGAAGGAAUGGGUCCUGAACACAGCAGUGCACGUUUAGAACGCUUUCUGCAAAUGUCUAAUGAAAAUGAUGAAAUUGAUGUUGAGCAUACCGCCUUUGGGCCUACUUUUGAAGCACAACAAUUGUAUGAUACAAACUGGAUUGUCGUUAAUUGCACAACACCUUCCAAUUUUUGUCAUCUUUUGAGACGACAAAUAGCGUUACCUUUCAGGAAACCACUGAUCAUUAUGUCACCGAAAUCGCUUCUUCGUCAUCCAUCAGCACGUUCUCCCAUUGAGGAUUUUCUGCCUGGCACUAAAUUCUGCAGAGUUAUUCCAGAAAACGGAAGUGCUAGUGAAAAUGCUGACAAUGUGGAGCGCUUAGUUUUCUGCACCGGCAAAGUUUACUACGAGUUGGUUUCUGCAAGGAAAUACCUGAAUUUAGACUCACGGAUAGCGAUAUGUCGUGUUGAACAAAUCUCUCCCUUUCCAUACGAUUUAAUUGAGAAAGAAUGCCUUAAGUAUAGCAAAGCAGAACUUGUUUGGGCGCAAGAAGAACACAAAAAUAUGGGUGCAUGGGGAUUCGUUCAUCCGAGAUUUGCAACACUUGUAGCAAAACAAGGACGACUGCUUAAGUAUGCUGGUCGAAAGCCAUCAGCAUCAGCAGCAACGGGUAAUAAAUAUACUCACUACGUCGAGCUGAAAAGUCUUUUGGCAGAUACUCUGCAUGUUCGGAAAGCUGAUCUCGAUGAAUUCAUAGGUGGAUGA